ACCCCAAAACGUGAUCCAGUAAAGGUUUGCUGAGUGGGGGUAACAGAAACGUCUUCGUUUCAUUCCUCUGUCGCUUGGUCCCGGCCCCAAGCCAAGAUGUGAGAGCCCAGGCCGUGGGUGGGGACACCGUGACCCUGUGGCUGUGCUGGCAGUGACUUCCUCCCCAGGUGUGCUGCCUCUUUCCUUCCUCUUGGCCAGUCUCUCUCCCACCCAUAUAACCCCGGACCAGUGGCAUUGUGAGACAGGCUGACCAGGGAGUCCUGCACAAGAUGCUCCUGUUGGUGCUGGCGACGGCCAGCGUGGUGCUCGAACCCCCCCAACCACCUCCGCUCCCCAAAUACCUGCGCUGCUACCGAUGCCUCUUUGAGACCAAGGAGUUGGGGUGCCUGCUGGGGUCUGACAUCUGCCUGGUGCCUGCAGGCAGCAGCUGCAUCACUCUGCACAUCAGGAAUGCUUCUCCCGAGGGUUUCACCUGCUUUCUCGAUGUCCACCAAUACCCGCAGACUGCUUUCUUCCGGCUCGUGAUGUCAGGCCAGCACGGCCGCUGUCCUCAUGCCCAGUUGCCCACUGGAUUCAACGUGCUGACAGUGGACCACGUUCUCUCCUUUCUCACCUGCUGUUCCACCCAGUCCUGUCCCUUCACAUUAGCAAGGCGCAUGCUAUGCAAACACAGUGCUUCCUCUUUUACCUCUGUUCGCCCAGACAUCGGCAUGUUCGAUACUACAGACAUCCUUUUCCCUUCUCAGCCUGUGAACAGCUUCCUCCCUUGUCGCCCUGCUGCGCAGCGUUCUGUGGCACGGGCACCUGAGCUGAUCUCCAUCCCUCAGCCGAUGGGCACUUACGUGCUAAUAUUUCACUCCCUCAAGCUGGGCAGCAGCGAAGGGCCUGUGUACGGCUUCUUGGAACACGCGCACAAAGAUCUUCCCCACCAGCAAUCGAUGAUGGCCGCUUCCUUUUGGCAGGCCACCCCGAUAUGAUAAUUUCCUUAGUUUUUUCCUACCUGGGCCCAUGGUGCUGGUCCUCCCUUCCUCACUCCCCAGGUCCCAACUCAGUCCCCCUCCGGUGUGGACACAUCUGCAGUGGCUUUUUCCCUGCAGCUCCCUGGGGACACACUGGGACUCCCAACUCCUGCCCAGUUCUG